AUGGAAAAAAAAGUAAAGGUGCAAAAUCCAGUAUUUCCGUCACCACGCUCACCAAUUCCACCAGUCACAGUUCCUCCUUCAGUUUCGAAAGCUGAUACUGUUGUUGCAACUUUGGUUUUGAAGGAUGGCUCAAGUUAUCAGGGCUUUUCUUUUGGAGCAGAAAGCAAAUCGGUGGCAGGAGAAUGUGUAUUCCAAACUGGUAACGUAAUCUUUAUUGUAAAUGUUUCUAAUGUUUCUCAAC